AUUUCAAUCUCAACUCAGCAGCUGCUACGGGCACGUGUGUCGCUCGACGCGCCGACUCCUGCUCUCCAAAUUCACCACAUCGUAGUUCUGUUGGUUGACAAAGGCGCCGCACUCUGGCUUGCCACUUUUAGUCUUCUCACCAUCCCGCACCCAGCAAAGACAUGCCAAGUCGGUCUGCAGAUGAAGAUGAUGGAUGGGAACGCACCGGAAGGCUGGUCUACGACGAUGUCAAUGACGAGAUCGAUGAUCUGGGUGAUGAAGAUCUCACGGGAAAGCCCGUGCCUAAGCUUAAACUGACAGGCCUCACGAAGACCCAGACUAGAGCGCAGCAUGCAUGCAUUGCUUCACAAGCAACGCCGGGGGCACAAAAGCUUUCGGAGAAAGCACAUGCUGGAGACCAGCCGGCUUCAUCGUUGCAACCUAACCCACAAAAAGAGCAAGAGCCUUUAAAGCGCAUGCUUAAUUCUCAAGCAACCAGGACGCAAGCUGCUGAGAUGCACACAGGCGGGCCCACGCCCCUCCGUAGCGAUCACGGCCACAACAUGGUCACUGUGCCGAGCGCAGACGGAAGGAAAGCGAUCCUCAAUCCGCAAGUCAUGGCGAACUGGGAGGCGAAAAAGUAUUCGGAGCGCGCAAAGAGGGCUCUCAACGGCUCUGCUGCUGUGAUGAGGCCUCAAGGUCUAUCAAGGAACCCAAGCAUUCGGGUCAAGGGUGCCAUGGGACCGCCGAUGCUUUCUCGGCCUCAAGUAAGCUCCUCUCCACAAACGAGCAAUUCGAACCAAUCAACCUCGAGCAGCCCAUUCACUUCCCAGACGAGCGUGGAAAGCACUGGUUCACCUGCAAACGGGCAGUGUCGCAUGCAUCCAGCUCACGUCAAGCUUCAGCGCCCUGACCAAGGGAAACGGGGCCAGCAAACGAACCUGACCUUCUCUCCCGUCCAAAAGCAGGAGAUUGCUUCUGUACACAGGCAGAAUACAGGUCAGGAUACUCACGUAGGAAGUCCACCCGGUCAGAAGACAGAUCCAGAUGAUGUCUUCUACUACGACGUCGCCCGUCGGCCGUUUCAGCCGAAUCCCGGAACCCAAUACUCAUCGGUGCGCCAAGCUACUUCAAAUGAACAGGUCCCAUCUCCUGACGAACCAGCACAGCGACAAGCUCUUUUACGUCGACCAACAACCAGCACGGGUCGCUACUUGUACCCUGGGCAGCGACAAUCUCAAUCCACAUCCAAGCAAGCUCAGGAGGCGCGUUGUCAUAUACAGAACUUCUCGAAGCAGACGGAUCUUUACGACGAGGAAUUGGACUGGAAGAUUUGCUCUCAGGAUGGCGAAACUGAUCACUUGCCACUUCAAAGACCUCCUACGGCGAUGCAAAACUCAGGACGCAAGCUGGGAACGACGAGACGGGGAUUUUCUUGGAGCUCUCAAACGCAGACCUGGGCUGAGCAGGGAUUAUCUGGCCAUUUGCAGACUACAAGAUCGCCAAGAUUGACUCUUCCUUCGCUUCAACAUUGCUUACGGGCGCAUGACAGCUUUCAUGGGUCCUCUGAUACGAGCACAGGCUGCGGUAGCUAUGUACAAGAACCUGCCUACCAGCUCAAUCGGCCAUCGUCGAGUUACCAACAGCCGUCUGCGUAUCACCCACAGCUAAAUCUCUUGAACGAUACACCAUGUUUAUCACGCCCACUGUCCUGUCGUCGGCCAAGCUAUCCGUACUCGACCGGCCUUCAGAGGAAUGCCGACCAGCAAGCCACCCUCCAACAACGAGUCGGACACGCGGAUCCGAUGUACAGCGGUCUCUCAACAAAUUGUCACCCUCCGCAGUCCAGCUGGGAAAGGAAGGAUAACGAUUCAAGGUCCCAGGCUCAGCCGAGAGUGUACCCCGACGCGGAUCCUUUACAAGGUCAGAGUGGAUUCGUCAGUCCAUCAAUCUCUGAGACGGCCAACCAGUGGGCGCGCACUUUCAAGCAUAGUCCGAACAGCGCGAGGAUGCCGUCCCGGCAAGCUUCCUGUUCUCCAAUUCGCCAAAUUGGCCAGCGGUGUGCUGGCAUGUCUCGCUCACUGAGGUAUGACGAAUACGGACCACGCCUGCCUACGGCCUCAACUGUCCGACAGCAGCCAACCGUUCCCUCCUCGAUGCAGCGGCCCGGUUCUGUCGGACAUCACCAGAGCAGAUACACUCCUCCGGACUCGUUCUUGUCCAGGCCCAUUGGCUCUUCGCCCUCGGCCGCGACGACGCCCCUCUUCUGCCCACCGUCGGAGAGGGCCCUGACGCGAGAUGGCAAGUUCACACCGUCGACACUGGAAGCGUUUCGGAAGCGAGAUCAUGGCAGAUUUGCGCUCAAGUAUGAGCCCGUGCAAGACUAUGAGAAGGAGGAGGAAGCGGCGCGAAAGCGGCAAAGGAGAGAUCACUGACACUGACACAUGUCGAACACGUUGCAGCAGACAAAUGUAUUCAUUCCAUC